AUGGUGCGAAUAGCUGAGGCUAGAAAAAUGAGAUCUUUAGGCUCAUCAUACGCUUGUUUGGAGUUUUUGAGUUAUCAAUCUCUACAAAGAUGCUUAGUCAGCGGAACUGCAAAAGGGAAAUCUAAAAUCAAAGGAUCACAGCCAUUGAAGAGAUCGAAGGUAACAACCAAUAAAGGAACUGGGUCGGGUGAUUCGAAUCAAAAAGAAGGUGGGCCUAGAAAAAAAUCUGAAUUUGAUGAAUUGGUCGACGAGUGCUUGGCUUUGACUUCCCCAAUCAGAUUCUUGAAGCAUAAGGAAAAAGCUAGGGAAGCUGAGAGAGAAAAGAUGGGGCUGAAAAGUAAGGAGUAUAGCAGGGUUCUGAUGAGGAAGCAUAGAGCUAGACAGGCUGCUGAGUCUGCAUUCUUGAGGUGUAAGAAAGAAGCUAUUGAGGCAUUACCCGAGGGUCUGAAGGCUGCUGCUUUGGUCCCCAAUUUGACACCCUUUCCGGCGAAUUGA